AUGGGUGAACCAGUCGACAAGAGUUGUAACGCCUGCGGGUGGACACUUGACAAAGAAAAACAGUGUCAUUAUACUAGCCACCUCAAACUCUUCUACGGCGCAUCUACAAGGGGCGUCUGGUCCAUCGGUUCAGAUGUGAUUCUGAAAGAUCGGCCGGACGAGGGUUCAAAAGCGAAAAUAGAAGUCAAAACAUUGAACUAUCUGGCGACAUAUACCGACGUCCCAGUCCCAAAGGUUAUACGUGACUGGGUCGAUCGCGAUGGGCGAUACUUCGUUUUGACUGAACGUAUAGAUGGUCAAACGCUUGAGGAGGCAUGGCCUUCUCUGUCAGUGCACCAGAAAACAGAUAUCGCGGAUCAAGUCGUCAAAAUCCGAAAGCAGCUUCGGUCCGUCACCUCAACUUCCAUUCAGUGUAUCGAUCAAAGCACAUGCUAUCCAGGCUUACUAUUUUUCGACCUUGAGCCCCGCGGACCGUUUCAUUCCGACCAAGAGCUUUGGGAUGCCCUGGCCCUUAAUCUUCACCACCUCCCUCAACAAGUUUUAGAGAACUUGAAGCAGCGCCUGCCAAAAUGUGAGCCCUAUGUGCUCACUCAUUGCGAUCUCAAUCUGGGGAAUAUCAUGGUCCAUGACGGAAGGGUCGUCGGUAUACUCGACUGGGAAUACGCUGCCUUUCACCCGAUUUGGUACGAGUAUGUUUCGGCCUCUUUCGGGUUUACAGAUAUGGAUGUCGAAUGGAAAAAGUUGCUCCAGGAGCGCUUAGGCGUACACGGCGAGGCGUAUGAAGAUGCCAAGGCGUUUUGGACAGAUUUGUGUAAUCUAAGACUAUCCUCUCGCUGA